AUGGUACCUGCACCUACAGCGGGCAGCACUGCCGCUGCCAACGGCACGGGAAGCGGGAAUGCAAGCUCGCGAGGCUCCCCGGCCGUCGGCUCGUCGAACACUGCCUCGGCCAAAUCUAAGGCCGCCCAGGUCAACUCCAAUGGUUACCACCCAACGAACCCUCAAGUUCCCCUCAGCUCGAUGCGAAGCACACCUCUAGAACUCACCUCGGUCGAACGACGGGGCCAAGCGACAGCGAUCAAGGAGCCGGUCAAGAAGAAGUCGCGCCCGCACGGUCUUGAGGAUGCGCCCACAUACUGUCCUACGGAGGAGGAGUGGAAGGACCCGAUGGAGUACAUCAAGAAAAUCUCUCCAGAGGCGAUGAACUACGGACUGUGCAAGAUCAUUCCGCCCGACUCUUGGAACCCGGACUUUGCGAUUGAUACGGAGAGAUUCCAUUUCAGAACUCGUAAACAGGAAUUGAACUCGGUCGAAGGAAGCACCCGAGCAAACAUUUCAUAUCUCGACGCUUUGGCUAAGUUCCACAGACAGCAGGGAAGCAACCUGCACCGCCUCCCAUAUGUCGACAAGAAGCCUCUCGACUUGUACCGUCUGAAGAAGGCAGUCGAGGCUCGCGGCGGCUUUGACAAAGUCUGCAAACUUAAGAAAUGGGCCGAGAUUGGUCGCGAUUUAGGAUACAGCGGCAAGAUCAUGUCCUCGCUGUCCACCUCAUUAAAAAACUCAUAUCAGAGAUGGCUUUGCCCAUACGAGGAGUAUUUGAGACUAGCUAAACCCGGAGUGCACCAGCAACUCGAGUACGAGAAUGGCGGCCCCUACACACCCAGCCCGGCAGUCACUCCAAUGAAGCGAUCCAACGUCAAUACUCCAUCCAGUGCUCGAGGCGACUCGCCUGCUCGCCACGCCUCAGAUGCGUUGCAAGCAAGCAUAAACGGCCUCAAAAAGGAGGCCGACCGAGAUACCCCCAUGGCCGACGCGCCUCCUGUGGCUGCACCUGUGCCUGCGCCCGUCACUUCGGGUUUCAAGGCCAUCAAUACAGGUGGCUUCACUGCGGUCAAUUCUGGCUUUAAGAGUGUCAACCGGCCUACGCCUCAGGAUGAGGUGAUUGGCACUCCGCCUCCAAAGUCAUUCAGUCCCGUCAACUCGGCAAAGAAUACACCCGACUAUCGGCCUUCAAAUCUCGGUCCGGCAGCACUCAAGAGACAAAUCAGCUGUGAAAGCCUCGACUUGGCAAAGAAGGAUUCUGGAACAGACAAGGACGACGGAGAUGCUGGAAAUAGUAGACGCAGCAAGCGUCUCAAGAAAGAUACUGUACCUACAGUGGCAGGAUCUCACAUGUCCCUGUUCCGCCCUUCCGUGCCUAGAAUUCCCCGAGAUGAGGCAUCGGCCCCUGGCGAGAAAUGCGAGCAGUGUGGCAAGGCGGAAGAAGGCGGCGCCCUCAUUGUCUGCGAGUCCUGCGACCACGCAUACCAUGGUACCUGUCUCGAUCCUCCCCUCAAGCACAAGCCCGACUCCGAAUGGAACUGCCCUAGAUGCCUGGUCGGCGAUGGUCAGUACGGAUUUGAGGAAGGCGGCCUGUAUUCCUUGAAGCAGUUUCAGCAAAAGGCGGCCGAUUUCAAGCAAGGCUAUUUCGAGAAGAAGAUGCCAUUUGAUCCCGUUCUCAACUGCCAUCGCCCAGUCACCGAGGAAGACGUAGAGACCGAGUUCUGGCGUCUCGUAGCCGAUAUUGAAGAGACUGUCGAGGUCGAGUAUGGUGCCGACAUUCAUUGUACAACUCACGGUUCUGGCUUCCCAACUGUCGAGAGACACCCCAACAACCCCUACUCGACUGACCCUUGGAACCUUAACUUGCUGCCUCUCCACCCUGAGAGUCUAUUCCGGCACAUCAAGUCGGACAUAUCUGGCAUGACUGUACCAUGGGUAUACGUUGGCAUGAUCUUCUCGACUUUCUGCUGGCACAACGAGGAUCAUUAUGCCUACUCUGCCAACUACCAGCACUUUGGUGCGACCAAAACCUGGUAUGGUAUUCCGGGCGAGGACGCGGAAAAGUUUGAAGCCGCGAUGCGCGAGGCCGUUCCUGAACUCUUUGAGACCCAGCCCGACCUACUGUUCCAGUUGGUUACCCUCUUGACCCCGGAGCAGUUGAAAAAGGCGGGCGUUAGGGUUUACGCUCUCGACCAGCGCGCGGGCCAGUUCGUCAUCACCUUCCCCCAAGCUUACCACGCCGGCUUCAACCAUGGUUUCAAUUUCAACGAGGCUGUCAACUUUGCCCCUUGCGACUGGGAACCUUUCGGUCUCGGAGGUGUGGAGAGGCUGCAGGUAUUCCGAAGACAACCAUGUUUCUCUCACGACGAGCUAUUGUGGACUGCCGCCGAAGGUACGACAAACAACGGUCUCACAAUCCAGACAGCCAAAUGGCUUGCGCCCGCACUCGAGCGGAUCAAGAAACGAGAGUCGGCGCAUCGAGCCGAGUUUGUGGCGAAGCACCUCGAGCCACAGCUGCACGAAUGCGGUUUGGCUGGCAAAGAAGACACCUCCUGCCCUGUGAAGUUUGAAAUUGACGACACGGACGUACCCGAAGAGGAGUAUCAAUGCUCGUAUUGCAAAGCCUUUACGUACCUGUCUAGAUUUAAGUGCCUCAAGUCGGGCAAAAUUCUUUGCCUAGCACACGCGGGCUAUCAACCAUGCUGCGAGGCAACCGAGCACCAGCGCUUCCAUGGCGAAGGACAUGCUGUCAUCUACAAACAGUCCGAGGAGGACAUUGAAUCAACGUACGGCAAGGUCCUCGAAAAGGCGCGCACGCCAGAGGCCUGGGAAGAGAAGUACGAGAAGCUUCUGGAGGAGGAGGCCACGCCUUCUUUUAAGACUCUUCGGAAUCUCCUACACGAGGGUGAGAAAAUACCCCAUGACCUACCCUCGCUCCCUUUGCUUCGGGAAUUUGUCGAUCGGUGCAACGAGUGGGUGGAGGAGGCCACCAAUUACACGAUCCGGAAGCAGCAGAACAGGCGCAAGAGCGAAAAGUCCAUACUCAACCGAAAGAACUCGCUGGACCAGAAAGAACGCGAUGCGCGCAAUGUUUCCAACGUGUACCGUCUUCUCAGUGAGGCGGAGCAAAUAGGAUUCGACUGCCCUGAGAUCACCCAGCUGAGGGAGCGGGCCGAGGCCAUCGAGGCCUUCCAGAAGAAUGCAGCUAAAGCGCUGGAACAGAUCCACCUCGCCGAGCUCUCCGAAAUCGAAGACCUACUUGAGGAGGGCCGGACUUUCAACGUCGACAUGCCAGAAGUCGACCGACUCUCGCGAGUGCUUGAACAACUCAAGUGGAAUGAGAAGGCUCGUAAUAACAGAGGCAGCCUCAUGUCACUGAACGAAGUGCGUGAGCUCAUCGAAGAGGGAAAGCGCUUGGACAUACCUCCGUAUAACGACCACCUUUCCUACUAUAUUGACCAGAUGAACGCUGGCCAACAGUGGGAGAAGAAGGCUAGGGAGUUGAUUAUUGCAGAGGUCAUUCACUACCCACAGCUGGAGGCGUUAUCGUUGCAGGUUCAGGCCAAUUAUCUGCCGGUCACUCCGGAGACCCUGAAUGCCGUGGAUCAAAUUCUCUACAAGCAGAGGGAGGCUCACCGUCAGAUCGUGGACUUGACCGGAAGAUCAAGAGACCCGGAUAUCCGCAAUCGACCCAAAUACGCUGAGGUGGCUGAAAUCAUGCGCCGACUCGAUGAGCUGAAUUCAAAACCUAACGGGACGUUGGACCUCGAGCGGGAGCAGAAACGCCACGAAGACUGGAUGCGAGAGGGUAAGAAGUUGUUUGGCAAAACCAACGCACCACUCCACAUUCUUAAGAGCCAUAUGGAUUACGUCUUGGAACGCAACCAAGACUGCUUCGACAUUGUCAACGACAAGCCUCGCAUGCCUGCCGAACCUGCAUCGAGGGAAGCCAGUCCGGACCAAAAGGUGCAUCGCUGGGAAGAUCCUCGGUUCCGCGAAGUGUUUUGCAUUUGCCGAAAAGUGGAGGCAGGCAUGAUGAUUGAGUGCGAGCUCUGUCACGAAUGGUACCACGGCAAAUGCCUCAAGAUUGCUCGCGGCAAGGUCAAGGACGAAGACAAAUACACAUGCCCCAUCUGCGACUGGCGAGUCAAGAUUCCGCGAGAUGCUGCGCGACCCAAGAUCGAGGAGCUCAUUGCCUGGUCCGAUAAAAUCCCUGGCCUCCCAUUCCAACCGGAGGAGGAGGAGGUUCUGACCAAGAUUAUCGACAAUGCACAAGACUUCCGAAACCACAUCACCGGAUACUGCAACCCUGUGGUAUCUACUGAGUCUGAGGCGGACACCCAGCGGUUUUAUUUACGUAAGAUUGAAGGUGCUGAGAUCCUGCUUGCCUACGAGACAAAUUUCUUCAGACAGGAGUUGCACAAGUGGUGCCCUGUUGCACCCAAUGCACCACCUGUUCUGGAGGUCUCCAAGAGUACUCGCAAGCCGCGACCAACGAAGCUCCAAAAGCUUUUGGCGCAGUUUGGCGUGGACGACCCGGAGGACCUCCCGGAGAACAUGAAGGCGAAGGCUGCCAGCCUGAAGCGGAAGGCUCAGAACGCAGAAGCCGCUGCAGCGGCGGCUGCGGCUGCGGCUGCGACUUCGGCAUCUGGCGCAACUGUCCUGCCGCCUGGUCUUCAACAUGGUCACAGUCGAAAGUCGGAACAGUCGUCAGCAACACCUCCUUCUACAUCUCACGGCAACGUGGGUCGUCAAUCCAUUGGGAGCAACCACGACCCCAUGGACAUUGAUAGUGGGCCGACACUUCAUCCAGGCCUUUUCAUGUCUAAUGGUGCAGCGGGCCCCCAGCUUGUAGGUGGCAAUUCGUCCAUGUCCCUCGAAGAACGCCUCCUUCAGGGCCAGGAAGAUGGGCUUAACCUGCACACCGAAGCUGGGAAGAGUAAGGCUCUUGAGAUACUGCGUCGAACAGAAGUUGGCCGUAAGAGAGCCGUAGAAAUGUUUGGCCCCGACGUGUUCAAGGGCGAUGUCGGUAUGCUCAAUGGCAGGGACGUGGCUCCCCAUUCCCAAGAAGAUGAGCGAGCAGUGAACAAGAUGUUCGACGACCUUACAAACCAAGAUGACGACGAAAUCAAGAGGAAGCAAGAGACGUUUGAUGGACCCAUCACGGCGGAAAGCCUUGAAAGCGAACGAAACGGCCUGGAUGCUUUGCUUGACGGUGAUUAG